UUGUCAACUAUUUAGCAUAAUUUGUAGCUUAACUUUAAUUUUUCAAUAGUUAAUCACUUCUAAAUACUGUGUAGUAUAGCUAGUAGGGAUAGGAGAAACACGCGUGAUAAAAUUGUUAUUGUUAUCUUUAAAACUGGUUAACAAACAGUACUGAACAGAAAGGUGGUGUUAUAGAGAAGGCUUAAUAUAGGUGACCUAUUUGAUCAUAAGAGUCGUGCUAAUGGAAAAUACAAAUACAUAUCCCACAACUUGCCUACUACGUAGCCGGACACAGUUUUUUCUCAGCGGUUCUGGGAAUGCGAGAUAGACAGAUGAAAUAAAAUUUAAAUGAUCACGUGAAAGGUGCUCUUCUCAAAUCAACAGGGGACAUUACAAAAGCACUUCUCUGAUGACUUUCUAGAUUUCAUCCAACAGACGGAACUACAGAUACAGUUAUAAAUAAAAUAAAAACAAGCUCUAGCUCCACACAUGACUUAGAGCUGGCAUCAAAUACUCUUUGAGCAUCCUCACAAAAUACAAAUAUAUAAGUGUCCUUCAAAAUGAACAAGCAGUCCUCAGUUGCUAGAUAAAUGGAUCUGUAUCAUCUAAACACUUCCGCUUCUAACUCGUCAUACUUUGACACUUCCAAGAAAUCUAAAGCAGACAAUUUCAAAGAAGCUGCAUAUAAUAAUGAUCCGCCCUCUAGCGAUAGUCCCUCCUAUAAGAAUGUCGCACAGCCGCCACAGACACAUCCAGAAACAGAAGUUUAUUCUAGACUUACCUCUGUGGUAAAUCAUUAUGAGUUUCUGCCCCCUGUACAAAGCAGUUAUUCAGGGUCCACUCCGGCCGCACUGCAGAAGAUGGCCAGUAAGAAAUGUGUCUGUCUGGCCGUGUGCUGUAUUGUAGCUGGUAUCGCCGUAGUUUUGGCCACAUCACUAGCUACAGUUAUUGUAUUGGGAAAUUCACUGGACGAGAACUUCAAUGACAAAUUUUCUUCCCUAUUCAAACUUAAUGAUGACUCAAGGACUGAAUUUCUAAAUACUAUAGAUACUAUAUGUAGUGACUGCAACCAAACGGUGGAAGCGGAUUUAACUAUUUUUUACUUAAAUCGAUGUUACUGUCUCUACAACAAGACACUGUCAUGGAACUCCGCUAAAAGGUUUUGUCUCGGCAAAGGAAAUGGUGUCCAUUUAGCAGAAAUCUAUAACAAGGAGACCAACGACUUUCUUACCACCCUCUUGCGUGCCGCACAGGUCAAUCAAUCUAUCUGGCUUGGUGGUACUAACCUAAUCAACAAGAAUAUAUGGUUGUGGAACUACACAGGCAUACCAAUAGAGGUGUUUGAGCCCAGGCAAUGGGGUGAUAGGGAACCAACCGGUAAAGUUCCUGGCACGGAAGUGGAGGAGAAUUGCCUGGACUUGAUCUAUAUUAGCAAUAGACCGUAUCGCUGGAACGACGCUCCAUGUGGGAGAGGUUAUAUUAAAGCUUUUUUGUGUGGGUCAUCACCGAUCAAGUCCAAAUGUUUAUGUUAGUUUCAUUGUCUAGAGAGACUGUAAGAAGAGAAAAUAGAGAGAGAAAGAAAGAAAAUAAAAGAGAGAAAGAAAUAGAAAG